ACACACAGUUAUCGAGUUUAGAAGAAGCAAAGCCAAGCACUGAAGCAGUUGUACUCUCAAAAAAGGCUGAUCACAGCACAAGGAGCAAGCCCCUUGUAUGGGCACAUCGCAAUCCAAGGAUUCCAAAACUGAGGGGUCCGCCAUUGGCAUCGAUCCCACCCCCUGUCAAAGGAUGAAUCCAAGUGACCAGCGGAAUCUUCUUCCUCCACCCCCGUCCCUCUAUACAAGUAGUAACGACACUGCAUCCGCAUCCCAAGGGUCGUAUGGGACGCCCACCAUGCAGGGAUUGCCGCCGUUGGGCAGUUACACAGGCAGCUCACAGCCCUAUAGUCAUAUACCCGUCAACCCGAUUCCGGGACCACCUUUUCAUAAGAUAGCCCAGCCCAUGAGACCCCAGGAACCGGUCGUAUCCCAGCAGUCUUUGUACCAGCAGUACCCCCAGCAGGGAUAUGCACAGUCUUCGUACUCGCAGUCGUUCCCGCAGCAGUUAUAUCCACCGCAUUCCUACCAGUCAUCAUACAGCAGCAACCCAAUGCACGGCAUGCAGCAACCGUACAUCCAGUCGCAUAUUCCAUACCAGCAAACGGCAACGUCGCAGUCCCACACGUCGCCACAAAAGUUUGACAUGUACCAGCAGCCGUUCAAAUCGGAGCAGACGUCUCAGAGCCAGCUGCCCGUACCACCAGUUGCAAAGCCUCAGACUACUGUUCAAUCUCUGCCUCAAGGUUUCCAACCCCCUCAUGCCGGCCAACAGAGUUAUCCAGCCCAGCCCCUGGCCCAAAGUCAGCCAUUAUCCUCUGUGUAUCAGCAACCAGCGGGGGACGCCAACUCCCCACAAUCACAGCAUCGAAUGCAACCACCCCAAAAGCCAACCACUCCUCCAAACCAAAUCCAACAGAAUAGGGAAGCUGCCUCUGUAAUGCCAACACCACCUUCAGACUCGGCCCAAUCGGACACUUCUGACGUUCCUCCUGGAUCUCCGGAAAUUAAACUAACAAUCAAGAAAACAUUUGAUAAGGGUCGACCUAGGUUAACAUCGUCCUUGGUGCGGAAGGAUGGGAGUGAUAGGACUGACGCUGGAGAGCGAGAGCUAGUUGAUGACUCAUUGCAUGCGGACGAAGAAGAACAGGUCAUCCCUGCUGUCCCAGUUCAACCAGACCCUGUUGUUUCUAAUAAACCCAAAACAGUUGCUCAGAAACGAGAGAACUUUAAAGCGGGGAAGGCCAAUGCAUUGCCCAAGACAACACUCCCCACAAAUCCUCCCUCGACGUCAUUUGAUGAGAAGCCAUGUGAGUGGCUUGUGGGUGACCUUGUGUGGUCAAAGGUUACAGGUCAUCCCUGGUGGCCAUGCAUGGUGGCGUAUGAUCCCAACUUGGGUAUCUAUACCCGAAUGAAAGGUGCCUACGGGAAAAGCUACCGCAUGUACCAUGUGCAGUUCUUUGGGGAGGUGCCUGAGCGAGGUUGGGUCAGUGGAUGCAGUAUGCGCAAGUUCACUGGCAAGAGUCAGUAUAACGAACUAGUACAGGAGCUUGUUUCUAAAAUUAAGAAGAAGUCUGAACGAGCCAGGUUGAUGGCCAAGCUAGCCUUGAAGCCGAGCCGAAAGUCUGCCUGGGAGGCCUCCGUUGUCGAGUGUGAGAAAGCCUUGCCCAUGAGCAGGCACGAACGAAAACUCAAAUUCACGUUCAAGUAUGAGAUUCCCAAGUCGGCGAUGGGUAAUCUUUCUGCUGAGCAGAUUGAUGUUGUGUCGCUCGGGGAUUCGCCGAAAAUGAAGGCGAAGCGUGCAUACAAGAAGCAGCAGGACAGUGAAGCCGCUGCAGCCACAUGUACAACAAAAUCAUCAAGCCAGCCUCAGACCGCUUCCUUACCAACGCCAGCGGGUAGUGCGCCCUCAGAUGUGGACAAUCAUAACCUUAGCCUUACUCCAAGAGCCAAACGGAAAUAUCGUAAACGGAAGUCGAACACAACCGAGCCCACCCCUGUUCCGGAACCGCCCAGAUUGAAGAGGAAGCCGGGUCGAAAGACAGCGCAGUUUUUGGAGUACUUUGGUAAGAGGCAAGAGGAGAUGGUAACGCAGCAUCCGGGAAAGAGCAAGGCGGAGAUCACAGCUCUCCUUGAGAAGGAGUGGGAUGAGAUACCAGAUGAUGAGAAGUGCAAGAUUGUCACUAGUCCAGCACCGCUUCCACCAAGACCAGCGAGAAAACGGAAGGUUAAAGAAGAAAGUCCCGAGUCCGAUCUGGUCGUAAAACGCUCACGACGAGAGACCAAACCCUCCAAGAAGCUUCAAGAGGCAGACCUAGACAAUCUAGGUUUCUCUCCCAAGAUGACAAAGUCACUGAAGUUGAACGAAGUGGAAAAGGCUGACAAACGUGGCAAGGUGGAUGGUACGAUGAGUCCACCAUCAAGCCAAGCGUUCACCAAGCUUACGUUGAGUCAAGGCCGGAGAAAAAAGAGAGACGCCUCCUCUGUUAAGAAGAAGGAAGGCCGACGGUCGAAUCAUCUCAUCAACGGUGCUACGGCUCUGACCAGAGUACCGGUGAAAGCAGAGAAAAGUGGUGGAGAGACCAUUGCUACCGAGAUGUCCAAAGACUUUGCGGAGAUGCAAGAAGACGAGCCAGGCUUGAUUAUUGACACGGAUCUGAUCACGGGAGCCAUAGAGUCGGCGGGCGUCGGUCAGGAGACCACCAACGGAGUGCCGUUCAGCGUCAGUGGACACAGCUCAGGCGACGAGCAAGCCAGCACCAGUAAUGCAUCCCACACCAGCAGUGCCAACGGCGCCCCCAGGGAACGCGGAGGUGGUGCCGCCAAGAAGGAGAACGUCUGCCAGGUUUGUGAGCGCACUGGGGAGCUACUUCUAUGCGAAGGCGGGUGCUGUGGGGCAUUCCACCUUGACUGCAUCGGACUUCAAGUCACCCCCGUGGGUACAUUUAAAUGCGACGAGUGUAUUUCAGGGGUUCACUCCUGCUUUGUCUGCAAAGCCGGAAGCAAGGACGUAAAGCGUUGCCUUGUCCCUGUCUGCGGGAAGUACUACCAUGAAGAAUGCGUCAAGGCGUUCUCCCAGACACGCUUUGAGCCCCGGGGUUUCAAGUGCCCUCUUCAUUUAUGCUCGUCAUGCUUUUCAGAGAAUCCCAAAAGUCUCAAGGCCAGUAAAGGUCGUCUGAUGCGUUGUGUCCGGUGCCCGACAUCAUUCCAUGCUGGGGAUAGCUGCAUAGCUGCUGGCAGCAUCGUCCUUGCCUCUAACGCCAUCGUCUGUAGCCGUCACUUCCAGCCAAUCAAAACCCAGAAGCACCACGCCCACGUCAGCGUUAGCUGGUGUUUCAUCUGCUCAAUAGGGGGUAAUCUAAUCUGCUGCGACAGCUGCCCAGCUGCCUUCCAUGCGACCUGCAUCGGUUACUCAUCGGUUCCAGAGGGCAAUUGGAACUGUCGAGACUGCGCCAACGGAAAGCGCCCUCGCUACAGCGAUAUCAUCUGGGUCAAACUCGGCAAUUACAGGUGGUGGCCGGCCCAGGUGUGUAACCCCCGCAAUGUUCCGACCAACAUCCAAGACAUGAACCACCAGGUUGGCGAGUUCCCCGUCCAAUUCUUCGGGUCACAUGACUACUUCUGGACGCAUCAGGGGCGCGUCUUUUCGUACUACGAGGGGGACAAAGGAAGUAAAGAGAAUGCGGCGACGAAGGGGCUUGCUGCCGUCUUCAAAGCAGCUCUUACCGAAGCAGUGGAGAAGUACAAGGAGUGGAAGGGAUUCCGAGACCAGAAGGAAGCCAGGGAGCUUGAGAAUAGCAGCAAGAAACCACGGCCAUUUAAAUUCAUCAAGGUGAACAAGCCAGUGGGUCGUGUCCAGAUGCCUCCGUUUGACAUGAGCCAGUGUCAGCCUUGCGACUGCAAACCCACCAUGGAGAACCCCUGCAGCAAGGACAGCGACUGCCUCAAUCGCAUCCUCCUGGUUGAGUGUCACCCCCUCGUAUGCCCAGCGGGAGAGAAGUGCCAGAAUCAGCGGUUCCAGAAAAGGCAGUACCCUGAGGCGAGGUCGGAGAAGAUGGCCAAACGUGGCUGGGGUCUCAUGGCAUUAGUUGACAUUAAAAAGGGUGACUUUGUCAACGAGUAUGUCGGUGAGCUAGUGGAUGAAGAAGAGUGCAGGGAGCGGAUCCGCCAAGCCCAUGACAACAAUAUCACCGAUUUCUACUUCCUCACCCUGGACAAGGAUCGCAUCAUAGACGCCGGACCCAAAGGAAACCUGUCGCGCUUCAUGAACCACUGUUGCCAGCCCAACUGCGAGACGCAGAAAUGGACGGUGAACGGCGAUACAAGAGUCGGCCUCUUUGCAAUCUGCGACAUCCCAAGCAAUACGGAGCUGACCUUUAACUACAAUCUGGACUGUCUCGGCAACGAGAAGAAGCGGUGUGAAUGCGGCGCCCCCAACUGCAGUGGAUUCAUGGGGGUCAGGCCAAAGACUGCCGCAGCUGAAGCUCAGGCAGAGAAGCACAAGAAAGCCGUGGACAGGAAGAAGCAGAAACAACGCAAGCGCAGGGUCAAGAUCGCCGCUAAGGUCCAACACGAGGACGACUGCUUCAGAUGUGGGGAAGGCGGCGAACUCGUUAUGUGUGACCACAAGAAGUGCCCCAAAGCUUACUGCCUGGGGUGUCUGAACAUAAGCAAACCUCCUCAUGGCAAAUGGGACUGUCCAUGGCACCAUUGCGAUGAGUGUGGGAAGCUGGCGUUGGAGCUCUGCGAACAAUGCCCCAACUCUUACUGCCUCAUCCACUUCAAAGACAAGAUCCGGGUCGUCGACGAGAUGUCGCUGUGCAACGACCACGACGAGGAAGACGUGAAACAGCUCGUGUUGAAGAGAAAACUCAAACGAGACCUCGCGGAGCUGGAACGCCAGGCGAGGAUCGAAGAGGAAGCCAAUCAGAGGCGGAAAGAGGAAAAGAAGAAAUUGAAAGAGGAGCUGAAGCAGAAGAUCAAAGAGAAAGAGCUGAAGAAGGAGCGGAGGCGGGAACGGAAGAAAGAGAAGCACCGAGAAAAGAAGAUGAAGGGCCUCGCCAAGAAAGCCGACAAAACUGAAUCAGAUGAAGUCGGUAAAGGGAAGCCUCAGAAACGCCGAGCGAGAGCGAAGAAGGUUGUCAAGGACGAGGUUAAGAACAUCAAACCCAAGACGGCAAAGUUGAACACUAAUGUUGAAAUUAAAAACAAUUUACCGCCACAGCCGACGGACUCGGCUGAAGAGCUUCCGUUUCUCCUAGAUGACAGCGAGGGAGAACUUGUAAUCGAUGAGGACUUUAAGGAGGAAAAGAAGAAGAAACACUUAAAGAAAGACGAAUUAACAACAGAGAACUCGGCUAGUGCUGUGCCUAAAUUAAAUAGGCGUUACGCAAAGGUAAAGAAAGAUACGGUGAAAGCCACAUAAACCAAGCUGCAUUCAAUGGAAUGUUUUUUAGAACUAUUUUUUGUUGACGUUUUUUAUUAUAAGUCUGUUGAGUGUUCACAUGAAAUAUUAAAAGAAUUAUUGUUCAAUAUUUGAUAAUUUAAUUGAAAUAUGCUCCUUGGGUACUUAGAGGAAAUGUCUGUGAUGUUUUUGUUUUUUUCUUCAUUUUUUUUUAUGAUCACCUCUUGCAAAGGAAAUUAGUUGCUGGUUUUGUUUGGUUUUAUGUUAGUAUUACUUCUGGCACCAAUGCAUUUUCAUACAUUUAAGUCCUUUAUUGUUAACUGCAACAUCUACUCUUUUUUUAAGUUUUAUUAUUUGUACCAAAUGUAGACGCCAAAAGGCCAGGGCCCAUUUGCGAGUUCAGAUUUGAAUGAUGUCCGGUACAAUACCUUGAUCGGUUACAAGUGAAUGCUCAACUGGAAUUCGUUGUACCAGACCUCAUUCAAUUCAAACUUGUGAAUGGCUUAUUUUACCGAGUUGAUGUAUUUCAUAAUCGAUGUGCAGAUGUGAAGGUGCAUUUGAGUGUUUACAAGCGAGCCUUUUUGAGAUGUGGCGGACACAAUGCCAUACAACCCAUUAGUUUGGGUAAAUUUGUCUGUGUAAUAUACACCCAAAACCAGACAGUGCACUCCUAUAGUAUCUCAAAAAGGCUAUUAUGGGUUUGUAUUGUUGCAAUUCUCUGCUGCAUUUUAAAUUUCAAAAGGGACACUGUGUUUGUUUAAAUUAUUUGCACUUUUGUUUUACCUUUCCAGUGGUAUAACUGUGGGGGGGGGGGGUCUGUUUGGAAAACAGCUGACUUUGUCUUCCUAGCAGUCUAAAGAAAAAUAUGUUUAAGUCUUAAGGGAAGGGCCAUAGAUUGGUUUUGUCAACAUAAACGCUGAUUGAUAUUCAACAUUUAUAGAGAAAGAUACAAUUAAAAUCAUAUGUGAAAUUGUCAGCUGAAAAAUGUGUCUACUUGCUGAUUAAACAGUGACAAAAUUUCACAUAGUUUUCACACAAACGCUGAAUCCUAGUUUAAGCGAGGUGACAGCGUGUACCAUGGCAUCUUUGGCCACACUAUUUGCAAACAGACACCAACCCUCAGAAAUCUGAGAAAUGAUUUCUUGUCUGUUUUCUAACGUUUUCUUGUAUAAAAAAGUUUUCUGCUAGAAAUGAUUUCUAAGAUUCAAACGUUUUCUUGUAUAAACAAGUUUUCCAAACUGUAUUACUUCCAAGGGAAUCCUUGAAAUAGUUUUAACAUUAUCAAUAGCUGCAGCGCUUUUCAGCGAGAGUUUUUAGGGUUUUUGGUGUAUUUACCAAUCUACAACCGAC